AUGCUAGUGCUGUUUGAAACGCCGGCGGGUUUCGCCCUUUUCAAAGUAUUGGAUGAAGGCAAGCUCUCCAAAGUUGAGGACUUGUGGAAGGAGUUCUCCACAGCUGAGUCAGCUAGACAGGUUGUAACACUAAAAGCAUUCUCAAAAUUUGAGAACACAUCAGAGGCAUUGUCAGCAGCCACCUUGUUGAUAGAUAGCAAGCCCAGCAAAGGUCUCCGCAAGUUCUUACGUGCUCACUGUGAUGGUGAAAAAUUAGCUGUAGCUGAUUCUAAACUUGGAAACUCAAUUAAGGAGAAACUGCAAAUUGAAUGUGUCCACAACAAUGCUGUCAUGGAACUAAUGAGAGGGGUGAGAAGUCAAUUGACUGAACUCAUAUCUGGUCUAGGUGCUCAAGAUUUGGCUCCAAUGAGUUUGGGUCUGUCUCACAGCCUUUCCAGAUACAAGCUGAAAUUCAGUCCUGAUAAGGUGGAUACAAUGAUCAUUCAGGCCAUUGGUUUGUUGGAUGACCUUGAUAAAGAGCUUAACACAUAUGCAAUGAGAGUUAGAGAAUGGUAUGGUUGGCACUUUCCAGAGCUUGCAAAAAUUGUGCAAGACAACAUCCUCUAUGCCAAGGCGGUAAAGCUGAUGGGUGAUCGUACAAAUGCCGCAAAGCUUGAUUUUUCUGAGAUACUGUCAGAAGAAGUUGAGACAGAACUGAAAGAGGCAGCCAUGAUUUCCAUGGGAACUGAGGUUAGUGACAUUGAUCUGAUGAAUAUCAAAGACUUGUGCGACCAAGUCUUGGCCCUUGCAGAGUACAGAGCUCAACUCUAUGAUUACUUAAAAAGCAGAAUGAACACCAUUGCCCCUAAUCUUACUGCUCUUGUUGGAGAACUUGUUGGUGCUCGCCUCAUUGCCCAUGGGGGUAGCUUAUUGAAUCUUGCAAAGCAACCUGGAAGUACAGUUCAGAUUCUUGGUGCUGAAAAGGCACUUUUCAGAGCUCUGAAGACAAAGCAUGCCACCCCGAAAUAUGGGCUUAUUUACCAUGCAUCUUUAAUUGGUCAGGCAGCCCCAAAACAUAAGGGAAAAGUUGCACGAUCUCUUGCUGCCAAAACUGCAUUGGCCAUUCGAUAUGACGCCCUUGGAGAUAGCCAAGAUAAUUCGAUGGGAUUGGAGAACCGAAUUAAGCUUGAAGCACGGUUGAGGAAUUUGGAAGGCAGAGAGCUUGGUCGUUCUGCUGGGUCAGCUAAAGGCAAACCUAGGAUAGAAUUUUAUGACAAGGACCGCAAGAAGGGAGCUGGGGCACUGAUAACCCCUGCCAAGACUUACAAUCCUUCAGCGGAUUCUGUUCUUGGCCGUACUGAACCAUUGGCUGACAAAGAGGAAGAAAUGGUCCCUGAGAAGAGAACGAAUGAAGCAGAAUCAUUUGAGACUGAAGAACCAGGAGAGGAGCCUACUGCUAUUGAUGAAGAAAAGAAAGAAAAGAAGAAGAAAAAGAAGAAAAAGGCUGAUGCAGAGGAUACUAUUAUGCCUAAUGUGGCUGUGAAUGCUGAGCAGGAAAGUGUAGACGAUGGCAAAAAGGCAAAAAAGAAAAAGAAGCAUUUAGCUGAGGAUGCUGGGUUGCAGGAUGGUGAAAACGUUGAAGCAAGAGAAAAGAAGAAAAAGAAGAGAAAGCACACUGAACCUGAAGAGGAAGAAACUGAAAUCUCAAACAGGAAGAAAGAGAAAAAGAAAAAGAAGAAAAGUGGUGAUUUAGAUUUUCAUGCAAAUUCACUCGAUGAGAAGGAAAUUUCUAUGCUUAUAAGAUUGUACAUUCUGGGAGGUGGCCAGCUAGAGCAUCUUGCUGUUAUGGACCAACCUCCCACUGAACCAGCUGUGUUCCCCCUUUGCUUGCUAAUUCUCCCAGAGUGCUCUUUUGAACGCAUAGUUCAAGGACGCGGUAUCUGCCCUUGA